AUGAAACAAAUUAUUGUUCUAAUUUCUAUUUUGAUCGCAGUUUCAUGGGCAACUUCUCGUCCAAUCCAAGAAGAAUUCAGGCAAUGCAUGUCAACCCAAUUCAAAGCCUACACUAGAAGCUUUGAGAUAAUUUUCCCUCGAAAUUCCUCUUUAUAUUCAUCUCUCUUGCAGUCUACUAUACAGAAUCCCAGAUGGUUAAAUGCCACAACUUUUAAGCCUCUUCUUAUAGUGACACCAUUUCAUGAGUCUGAAGUUCAGGCAGCCAUUCUUUGUAGCCGAAAAUAUGACCUGCAAAUAAGAGUGAGAAGUGGGGGUCAUGACUAUGAAGGCCUUUCUUUCCUUUGCCGGACCCCGUUUAUCAUCAUUGAUCUCAUCAAUAUGAGAUCGAUUGAGGUUGAUAUUAAAGAAGAAACAGCAUGGAUACAGUCAGGAGCAACGCUCGGUGAGCUUUACUACACGAUCGCAAAGAAAAGUUUAGUUCAUGGAUUCCCUGCUGGGUUGUGUCCUACCGUUGGAAUUGGUGGGCACUUGAGUGGAGGAGGGUUUGGAACAUUGGUGAGAAAGUUUGGAGUUGCAGCUGAUAAUGUUGUUGACGCUUAUCUUAUAGAUGUUAAUGGGAGACUUGUUGACAGAAAAGCAAUGGGAGAGGAGUUGUUUUGGGCCAUUAGAGGAGGUGGUGGAGGGAACUUUGGGGUCAUACUUUCCUGGAAAAUAAAGCUUGUUCGAGUUCCCAAAAGUGUGACUGUUUUUACAGUUCCAAGAACAGUGGAACAAAGCGCCAGUGAGCUUAUUCAUAGAUGGCAAUACAUUGCACCUGAAAUGCAUGAAGAUCUUUUCAUUAGAAUUGUCAUUCUGGGUGUGGGAGAAAAGAGUAGUAAAGGUAAGAGAAUUGACAAUGUUUCUUUCAACUCAUUGUUUCUGGGGGGAAUCGACAGCCUAAUCCCAUUAAUGAACAAAAAUUUUCCUGAGUUGGGAUUGAAGGCUGAAGAUUGCACUGAAAUGACCUGGGUUGAAUCGACUAUCUAUUUUGCUGGAUUCCCAAAAGGGUCACCCUUAGAAGUAUUGCUGGACAAGGAACAACUGUACAAAAGCAAGUUCAAGGCCAAAUCUGACUUUGUGACAGAACCAAUACCAAAGAAUGCGAUUGAAGGAAUAUGGAAGAUGUUCCAGGAAGAAGAAGAAAUAGCUAUAAUGAUAAUGGAUCCUUUUGGGGGAAAGAUGAAUGAAAUAUUAGAAUUUGAAGUUCCAUUUCCCCACAGAAAAGGAAAUCUUUAUAAUAUACAGUACAUGGUGAAGUGGGAUGAGGAUGGCUUGGAGACAUCCAGCAGGCAUGUGAAUUGGAUUAGGUCAUUAUACAAUUACAUGACACCAUUUGUUUCAAAGUUUCCAAGGGCAGCCUAUGUUAACUACAGGGAUCUUGAUUUGGGAACCAACAAAAAUGGUAAAACCGCAACUUACCGGGAAGCUGCAGCUUGGGGUGACAAGUAUUUCAAAGACAACUUCAAGAGAUUGGCACGGGUGAAGAACAAAGUUGACCCUGAGAAUUUCUUCAGAAAUGAGCAAAGUAUUCCAUUGCUUCCUGAACCAUGGAAAUAGAAUUAGGA